AUGUCAUGGUUUGGUUACGACCAGGGUGUUUUCUCAUCCGUUCUCAUCUCAGCCGACUUCAAGUACUGGUUUCCCGAGACUAAGGUCGCGAGUAUCUCUGGAAUCGUUUCCAGUUGCUUCGCACUGGGCGCCUUCUUUGGGGCAAUCUUUGCCUUUAUUUGCGGUGACAAGUUGGGGCGCAAGAAGACCAUCUGGGUCGGUCUCCUCAGCAACAUAAUCGGCGCUGUUCUACAAAUCGUGUCAUGGCAUCUUCCUCAGAUGAUAGUCGGGCGUGUCAUCAACGGAUUCGGUAUGGGCGUUACCUCAUCAACCUGUCCCGUCUAUCAGGCUGAGUGCUCUAAGCCUCGCGUUCGAGGUAAACUCGUUGUCGUGCAGUCCCUUUGUAAUACCGCCGCCUUUUGCCUCGCCAAUUGGAUGAACUACGCCCUCGGUGUUCGAAGCGGCCCUAUCCAGUGGCGUUUCCCCCUCGGCUUCCAGCUCCUGUUCCCCUGCGUCAUCGCCGUUGCGCUGCUCUUUGUCCCCGAUUCUCCUAGAUGGCUGAUGCUCAAGGACCGACACGAGGAGGCUCUUGUGGUCAUAGCACGACUUGCUGGCAGUAACGCGACCACCGAGGAUGUCGAAGUCGUGACAGAGUUCAGAUCAAUCCAAGCGACAAUCCAGCAAGAGCGCAAUGAGACCGUAUCCAUGAUUGAUAUGCUCAGGUGUCGUGACAAGACUCAAAACCUUCGCAGGAUCCUACUGUCGUGUGGUACACAAUUUAUGCAGCAGUUCUCGGGUGUCAACGCUCUCGGUUACUACCUCCCUACCAUGUUACAGCAGGUUCUUGGCUACAGCGCACGCCGAAGUCGCCUUCUCACUGGUGUCAAUGGCACUAUCUACCUAUUUGCCGCUAUCUGCUGUCUGUUCAUCAUUGACCGCUUCGCGACGAUGGGCUCGUGCUACAUGAUUGUAUCCAUGACUCUUCUCGGCGCUAAGCAUAACCCAAGCAUGAAGGAGAGGCUCGGCGAAGUCACCACUGCCUUCUUCUUUAUUUACUACUUCUGUUACGGUACUAGCUUUGCCAAAGUCCCAUGGGUGUUCAACUCGGAAGUCAACUCUCUCGGCUGGCGCACGCGGGGAGCUGCAGCGGCCACAGCCACUAACUGGAUGGGUGGCUUCAUCGUCACUCAAUUCACCAAGACUGGCGUUGACAAUCUCAAUUGGGGCUUCUUCCUCUUAUUUGCUGGCUUUUGCUACUCCUACUUCCCGAUCGUUUACUUCUUGUAUCCUGAAACCGCUCGUCGUACCCUCGAGGAUAUGGACCAGAUCUUUAUACAGAACCCAGGUCUGGUCGUUUGCCGCAUUCCAGAACUCACGCAGCGAGAGCGUCCUGAGACACUGAUUACUCUUGAGCAAAAGCGAGUUGAAAAGGCAGAGGUGGCUCAUGUAUCUUAUGUGGAGUAA